GCGUUUAUAGCUGCAUAAAUCACUCUAAAAACUGGUUAUGCAAUCCUGAAAAAUUCAGUUGCCUUAACAACAUCAGCCUAUUUAGUAGUAAUAAUAAUAAAAUGAUAAUAAUAAUAAUUCACACUGAAAUGUUGUACUAUUCACACAUGAGAACAAACCCUAGACGUUCAUUCCAACACGUUUGUACCAAAUAGCAUUGGAGAAAAAAAUUGUAGUCAGACUUUGACAUGGAGGCAACAGCAGGGGGAAGCGCGGCCAGCUGGAUCAGACCUCCCUCCCAUCAUCUUCAUCAUCAUCAUCAACAGCAGCAGGAGCAGCAGCAAGAGCAGCGUGCUGCCAUCAGUAAGGAACGAUGUGCAGCUCGCUGAGCCCAAAGCAUCCCUGCGGUCCUGGGCUGACUGACAUGCAGCAGUACCACCAGUGGCUCUCCAGUCGACAUGAAGCCUGCCUGCUGCCCAUGAAGGAAGACCUCGCCCUGUGGCUCAGUAAUAUUCUUGGUCUGGAAAUCACCGCUGAGAGCUUCAUGGGUCGGUUAGACAAUGGUUUCCUGUUGUGCCAGCUGGCUGAGACGCUGCAGGAGAAGUUCAGGCAGAGUAAUGGAGACCUGCAUGAGCCUGGCAACAGCAAGAAAAUCCCUCAUCGAAGGAUACCAUGUCGACAGAGUGCUCCCUCCGGUUCCUUCUUUGCACGGGACAACACAGCCAACUUCCUGGCCUGGUGCCGUGAAGUCGGAGUGGGUGAAACUUGUCUCUUUGAGUCUGAGGGUUUAGUUCUUCAUAAGCAGCCACGAGAGGUGUGCCUCUGUCUAUUAGAGUUGGGCCGGAUAGCAUCACGUUACAACGUGGAGCCUCCAGGCCUUAUAAAACUGGAGAAAGAAAUUGAACAAGAAGAAAGGGCACCUCUACCUCCCCCAUCACCUGUAUCUCCAACUCCGCCCCACCCCCCAUCCCCUUCUUUAUCCCCCUCCCCGUCUCCUUCCCCAACACCAACUCUGAAUCCAACUCCGACCAAAGCGACUUCCUCCAAGAAGAGCGCAGGCAAGCUCUUGGAUGAUGCUGUGAGACAUAUCGCUGAUGAUCCACCUUGCAGGUGUGCAAAUAAGUUCUGUGUGGAGAGACAUUCGCAGGGUCGAUAUCGUGUUGGAGAGAAGAUGCUCUUUAUACGGAUGCUGCACAACAAGCAUGUGAUGGUGCGGGUGGGUGGAGGCUGGGAGACCUUUGAGAGCUACCUACUGAAGCACGACCCCUGCCGCAUGCUCCAGAUUUCCAGAGUGGAGGGAAAGAUAUCCCCCAUCAGCCCCAAGUCCCCCAACAUCAAAGACCUCGCCCCUGACAGCUACCUGGUGGUGGCGGCCCACUAUCGCAGCAAGAAGUGAAGGCAAAAUAGUUCUGGUCAUGAAUGGACACGGUGUAUGCGUGCUUCCUUUUAACCCAACAAAAAUAAUGGGGCUUAGCUAUACAAUAUAUUUGUUUUUAUAAAUAUUAAAGAUAUGGAGAAAACACAGAGAAAACUGACUUGUAAAAUGGUGAGGAUUUAUUUAGGGAGGUAAAAACAAAUGAUGGGUCUUAUAUUUGCAUUUUAAUUUUGUGUUUUAUGUCAUUUUAUUUAGUUUAGGAUAUUUUCUUACUAUUUUUGUGAACUUCUUUAAUAAUUCUGUUGAUAUUUACAGUGUAGUGGGUUUAACUGUUUGCAGGGAAGUUGUAGAUGUCCCUGACAUUUGAUUUUUAAAUAUUAGUUAUACUUGAAGCAACAGAAUGAAUUCUUCCAGUGGGAAAAGAACUUCCUCUGCAAAACUCAGCAUGCAAGAAUGCAUACUUUUCAACCGAAAUAGAGCAAAACUGGCUUUUUCAGCACCUGUGUGAAAUGGUUUUUUUUUUUUACGGGUAAGGCAGCAGCAGAUUUUCCACCAGUGUCACUGUUUUGGAAUCCCACAAUUUGAUAAUCAAGCUAAUUUUAACAAAUAUAUUAGAAUAAUAAAACAUUCUAUUACCCAAAGAUAAUAGCAAACACUUUAGAUAUAUCAAUACCAUACACUCCAUGCAGUGCAGUUUGAAAGCCUUUCGUGUCUAAAUUGUGCCAUCCUCUCUAUGUCAACACAAUCCAAUGUACAACUGAACCUCAGUGAUGUCGGACUGAUGAAGCUACAUUUCUCUUUGUUUACUGUUACUGACCUCUAGAGGUAGGGCAGAGAGUUAACAAGAGAACAAUCUGUGACUUUUGGUUUGGAGUCAUGCAACAGACACAAUCCCGGUAUCAAAGCUGAGCUUAUUGAUAUGUUUGACUUUUUAUAGAAUAUUAUUAGACUGGUUUUGUACUAGGAUGAGAGAAUAUAAACUACCAAGUUUCUAAGAAGAGAAACUGAUUUUUAGAAGUAAAAUUUAAAUAAAGGCUUAUUUUGACA